AUGAGUGGGGGCAAGAAGAAGAGUAGUUUCCAAAUCACCAGCGUCACCACGGACUAUGAGGGCCCAGGGAGCCCAGGAGGUGCAGAGCCCCCGACCCCGUCACCCCCUGCCAGGCCCCCACCUCGUCUGCCCAACGGGGAGCCCAACCCUGAGCCAGGGGGCAGGGGCACCCCUCGAAAUGGCUCCCCGCCGCCUGGGGCCCCCGCCUGCCGUUUCCGGGUGGUGAAGCUGCCUCAUGGCCUGGGAGAGCCUUAUCGCCGCGGUCGGUGGACAUGUGUGGAUGUUUACGAGAGAGACCUGGAGCCCCCUAGUUUUGGCCGACUCCUGGAGGGAAUUCGAGGGGCCUCUGGUGGUACUGGGGGCAGGUCAUUAGAUUCCAGGUUGGAGGUGGCCAGCUUGGGCCUGGGCACCCCUGUCCCACAGUCAGGCCUGUCUCAGGUCCCCACCUCCUGGCUCCGUCCGCCCCCCUCCUCACCUGGACCUCAGGCCCGCUCCUUCACCGGGGGACUGGGCCAGAUGGUGGUACCUGGCAAGGCUAAGGUGGAGACGCCUCCUCUCUCGGCCUCCCCACCCCAGCAGCGCCCCCAAGAGCCUGGGACCCGGGAUAGCGAGGGCACAACCUGGGCCUCCACACCCCUGCCUUCCCUGAGGGUGGACGUGGAGGCUAGCAACACCGCAGCAGCAACUCCUCCGCUAUCCCGAAGGAAAGAUGGUGCUCUGCAGCUGAGGAUGGAUUUGAUGGCUCCAGAGGAGACAGGGCAGGUACACCCAUUUGACUCCCACCCCAGCUCCCCCGCCCUCUACUUCUUCCCUGAUGCCAGUCUGGUUCACAAGUCUCCGGACCCCUUUGGAGCCGCAGCAGCCCAGAGCCUCAGCCUGGCCCGCUCCAUGCUGGCCAUCAGUGGCCACCUGGACAGUGAUGAUGAUAGUGGUUCUGGAAGCCUGGUUGGCAUUGACAACAAGAUCGAACAAGCCAUGGACUUGGUGAAGUCCCACCUCAUGUUUGCUGUCCGGGAAGAAGUGGAGGUACUGAAGGAACAGAUCCGGGAGCUGGCCGAACGGAAUGCCGCGCUGGAGCAAGAGAACGCGCUGCUGCGUGCCCUGGCCAGCCCCGAGCAGCUGGCCCAGCUGCCCUCCUCAGGAGUCCCGAGGCUAGGGCCCCACGCACCUAAUGGGCCCUCCAUCUGA